ACCCGGUAGAAAUUUCAUAGUCUUUACUCUUUAGCAUAUUAGCAACCACACGUGAUGACUAAGCAUUUUAAGUCUGAUCUGUUUACAUUUGUAAGUCUUAUGAAAGUUACCUUUUACGGAUAUCUACAACAAAAACACUUUUUACACUGUGACUUGACAAUUUGUCUUGACUCUUAACUGGCCAGAAAAUGGAUAAGAUUGCUGUUGUUGAAUAUGAAUAUCCUGAGAUAAUCAAAUCUGCUAAAACUGAAACAAUAAAAUCUUAUUCACUAGUGCCUGAGUAUUGUGAUGAAUCUUUUAGUAUUCAAGAUUCUUUGGUGGCUGGAGAUGAUCAGCAGGAAAGCGAGCUGAGUUGUGUAGCGAAUGAUGAGUUAGGAAAGACUCUGCCAGAUAGACAUAAACCUUUUGCUGAAAUGAGUAAAGCUGCUGAAGUUACAGGAGUCACCAUUGCUAAGACUUCAAAAUGUUAUUUACUUGUUGAUUAUUCUUCUUCUGACGAAUCAGUAAGCCUAACAGAUGCUUCAAUGGCUGCAAAUGAGGAUAGUGAGCUUGAUCUGUGUCGGGUAUUGAAUGAUGAGUCAGGAAAGACUCGGCCAGAUAAAACAUCCACUCUAAGGAAAGAUGUGCAAGGAAAGAAAAAGUUGUCAUCAUCCAAAGAAGAAAAUAAGGAGAAAGAAAGACAAAUUGCAGAGAAGAAAGCAGGGAAAGAACGCUUACAAGCUGAAAGGAAGAGAAAAGAAGAGGAGAAGAAACGAAAAGAAGAAGAAAAGGAAAAUGCCAAAAAGAUAAAAGAAGAUGAGGAACGGCGGAAAAAAGAAAAUUUUGCUCAAAAAUACGUGAAACAUGCCCCUGAUUUUCGAACGGAAUUUGAUACUUCUAGAAAGAAAUACUUGGAACAGAUUCUGGAAAAGUCAGAUUCUGAACCUUCAGUUGAUUUAAAUCUUCGCCAGUAUAGAGAAAACAAAGGAAGAAGUUAUGGUGCUACUUGGCCACUCAAGGAUAAUAAUGUUGGAGUGAUUGACGAGGACGAAGCGGAAGCCCCCAUCAACAACGAAACCAUUGUAACGAUUGUCCAUCCCGUCCGUCGAAGAAUGCGACCCAAGUUAGUCCAGUUUUGGGAAAAUCGUCGUCCUGCCUAUUGGGGAACCUGGAGAAAAUCGAGUAAUACAGUGGGUCCAAGACGUCCUUUCGGCAAAGAGGUCAUAUUCGAUUACGAUGUCGAUUCUGAUGACGAAUGGGAAGAAGAAGUUGAACAAGCAGACGAAUCUUCGACCGAUUCGGAAUGUGAAGCCGAAGAAAGAAACCCAGCCGAUCAUUAUGAGGUAGACGAUGUGUUCGUUGUACAUGAUGGGUACAUGAGCAACGAUGAAUUUCCGGACUGUGGACCGAAAACAGCAAAACCUUCUGCUGCGCAGGAGCCGUUUCGUGUUUUGGAAAUCAAACCGACCGUAGACCUUAAACCAAAAAAUGUUUCUGUUCGUCAACGCUACGCAGCUAAAGAAUUGUGUUCAAUUCCCUUCAAAACAGUUUCGAGUGAAUUGAACUGCGAAAAUGGAGAAUCAUCAAUGGCCGAUGAAGCUGUAGUGUCAUUUUCUAGCACUCCCAAAAAAGUUGUUUCUAAAGAAUUGAACUGCGAAAAGGGAGAAUCUUCAAUGGCCGAUGGCGUUAGCCGUAGUGGGAAUAAAUCGUCUAAGCGGCUUGUCAGUGACAAUGAUGUCCCAGCACUCAUUCGCAUGCUCCAUGGAACUUUUCAAAAGAAAGAGACGAUUGCAAAGGACUUUAAGUUGCACUUGAAACCAAAUAGAGCCGAAGAAAGCAAGGACGGUCCCUCGAAUCUUCAAAUACUUGCCAAGAUAACCAAAAUUGCGUCAUGGAGCAAAUGUACAGAAGCCGGAGCAGUAAAUGGAAAAAUGUGUUGGCUCGUGCACUCCGAUGUUCUUGCUUAUUAUGGUCUCGCAGGAUUAUCUGCCAACGUAAACUGGGAACUUUGUACUGAGAUGAAAAAACGAGGACGCAGCAAGGCCGACGACUCUAGAUCUGAGGAGGACACCCCACUAGCAAAGAUCCCGCGCGUGUCGCCCAUUAAACAAUUUGAUCAGCCAGCUAGUUUACCUGCUAACAGAGUUUCUUCAUCGCAGGAGAACGAGCUUCCAGAAUCGGGGAAAGAUUCAAAUGUGCCAGCUAAGCAACCAAUUUUCUCAACUCCUAAAGGGAAGAAAACGCAUCUCGUUGAUAAGUCUCCCAACAUCUGCAACCAAGAAACCCAAGAGUGAUACUAAAACAACUCCAUUAACCAAUUUCUUAAAGAAAAUGAGUGCAAAGAGGCACUGUCCAAAUUAUCAGAGAAUAUUGACGACUCAUUGGAUGGGAUCAAAUGUUUUACUUUUGAGUUAUUUGUGUCGUUCCUUUCGAGUAAUUUUAUGUUUAGAGCAUGUUUUUUUCCCCUGCAAAAUUUAUAUGUUGAUAUAUGGGAUGUAUCUUUUUUUUCUGUAACCGUUGCAUACACCUAAAUUUCUAUUACACGGAUGAAAUAUAUGAGACCGAUGGUAGGGAGCUAACGCGGGGG